AUGUCGGCGCACGCCCCCCCGGCCCCUUCUCAGGACGACACGUCCACUGGCACUCUCGCCUUCCUCACCGCGCGCUCUUGCGAUCUGGAUCAUCCCAGCCCCGCUCAGCUGUCUACAAUCUUUACACUUCAGUCUCAAGUGUCGACAAUGGACGACACUCACGCUGAAAUGGACAUACUGCAGGCUAAGAUUUCGCAAGAACGUACUGAGUUCCUGAAUCGCUUCGAUGUACAAGCUUCCAACGUGGACCUUUGGUCGUCAUCUUUGGUUGAGUAUAUCUACAAGACCAAUCUGCAGUAUCGUGAGAACAUGGGGCGCGACCUGCGCGCCGCUUCCCAAAAAGCUCGCGACCUGGAUAUAAUCGUGACACUCGACAAGCAGCUGGCCGCGGCGGACCAAGCGACUAGCGACAUGCGUCAAAGGCUAUCUGUUGCACAACAAGUGUUCGACAGGCAGAGCCAACAGCUCCCCGUAGCAAAGCGGGACAACAUACAAUCCAAACUGAACUCGAUAUGCCAAGGAUUGGCCGCUUGUGCUGACGGUGAAUGGUAUCUCCAUUCGCGGGUAGACUACAUGCGACCACGCUUCGAGAUUCUCACUCUCCCGGCGAACGAUUUCGAGAGAUUAAUUGCAACGCUUCCGCCACACAUCACGAGGACCUCCCUCCGAGGACGCCUUUCCGGAGUUAUAGACAGCCUUCAGGAUGUGAUUGAGGAAUGCGCAGGAAUCGACCAACUUACGCGGAUUUGUAAUGCGCGGGCUAUCACUAUGUGGCCUCUGCAUCUCGAACGCGUCACCAUUGGGGAUAGGGACGAGUUGGUCUCCAACUAUCUCACCCUUUUCAUACACUUGCAAGCACAGCUAUACCGACAGCGGAGCGCGUGCGACGUCAUUCAGACAGAGCUUGAUCACGCCCACGAUCUGCCCGUGGUUAUGCAAACGCCUCGGAGCAUAUUCCCCCUGACCGAUCUUACCGAAGCUCUGUUCGUUGCCGAAUCUCUACAAAAGGAACUCGAGGGCGUCCACCAGCGUCAGAGUGAGCUUGAGAAGUCGCUCAAAGAGACUUCCGAAGAAGUCCUCGAGUUGGUGCUCCCUUCCCUCUCCGUUGACGGAUCUACGAAUAUAUAG